AUGACGGGUCCAGUUCUUUUCGUGGAUGAGGAGUCGUCCAUCUCCAGCGAGCAUCGGUCUGGCAGUGCUGGCACGGGGAGCCCAGAGAGGACCCAGAGCUCACCUUGCAAGGAGCUUCAGGCCACGAGCCCGGAGAAUGUUUCCGUGGUGAUCCAGCCUUCGAGCAAGCACGACUUGGAGAAUCAGGAGUCGGGCUGCCGUGGAGGCGCGCAUCAUCAUUCCGCACAUCUUCCUGGCAAGGCAUGUUGCAGCAAAUGCGCCAACUGCCCGAGCAUUUGGACGUGGCGCACCUGCGGUCUCCCACUGGGGGGCUUCUUCCUUGCCUUCUUGAACUCGGCCGCAUCAAGCAUUGUGUACGGGUUCUUCCUUGGCUACAUGGGCUUGGACUCGUACGUCUUGAUGUCCAUUGCCGCCCUCAUGAAGCUCCCGCAAGUGUUCCUUCUCCCGUUCGGCAUGCUGACGGACUGCCUCCCCAUUUUCGGUUACAACCGGAAGCCUUACUUCGUGGCAUCCUGGAUCAUAUGUGGCAGUGCGCUCUUGGUCAUGAGCUUGCGGCCGCUUCCUGCGCCAUACUACUGCCAAAACCCUGAUGGCAGCUACGACACGAUGAGACCACCAUGCAAUCCCAGCAUCCAUGCUGACAAGAAUUGGUAUGUGUUCCCGCUGUUCAUCCUCGUUGCGGGCGUUCAGUUGGGAUGCGUGGCUGGCGAGGGCCUCUUGCUGGAGUACUCCCAGCUCGAGCCGAUACAGUGCCGUGGCAAGAUGAAGGCGGAGUUCACAAUCGUCACCAUGGCUGGCUCUCUCGUUUCCUCGGCCGUCGUUGGUGUCUUCCUAAACAAGAAGGAGUACUUGGGCACGUUCGACUGGGGCUUGUCCUUCAGAGGCUUUACGGCAUUGUGUUUGGUGCUGGCCACCUGCUUGAUCCCCAUCUCCUUGUUCUGCGUCCAAGAGCCCAAGAAGCUCAAAAGGCCAUCGUGCAUCGGCCAUGUGAAGUCUUCUUGGAACCUGGUCAAGAGCAAAGGAUUUUCGACCGUUCUGCUGUUUGCCUUCGUCGCCCAGUUCUUCAACUCUAUCUCCACCACCGCAGGACCUCUGGUCCGCAGCCAGUGGGCAGGGGUCCGAGUCUUGCAGCAGCAGCUGUUUGUCAUGGGCAGCAUGCUUGUCAUGAUGGCGGCCACCUGGUUCUACAAGGUGUACCUCCUCCAGACAUGCUGGCGCAAGGCUAUCUUCAUCGCCACGGUCUUAGUGACAGUGUCAGAUUCCAUUCCGACCUUUCUUACAAUCUUCGAUGUGGUCCGCAAUCAAUACUUCUUCCUUGGUGAGGAUAUUCUCAGCGCAGUGCCUACGACGGCACUUGCCUUGAUCUACAGCCUCAUGGUCAUUGAGCUUGCGGAGCCUGGACAGGAAGGUCUUUGCUUUGGCCUGAUUGGAACCGUGCAGCAUGCAAGCUUGCCAAUUUCCACGGCCUUGAGCAAUCAAGUCUUUGGUCUCUUCAAGCCCUCCUUGUCCAAGCUGGAGAACUACGUGACCGACACACCUGCAUUCCGGACCACGGUGGCUUUGUCCUUUGCGCUGGCCUACGGCGCUUCCUUGCUCGGCAUGUGCGCGCUUCCCCUGGUCCCGCGGCAGAAGGCGGAUGUCGAGAGGCGGAAGAAGGAGUGGAGUCCCAGCUCAAUCAUGGCAAUUUUGGUCUUAGAAAUUCCCACUCUAUGCCUGCCCUACGGCGUCGCCGUCUUGCUGCUGAGCAGUCAGCCGUCAACGGCCUGCUUGCGCUGGAUCGGAGGCCCAGGCUGCGAGCACCUCGCUUGA